GAGUCUACCAUCCUAAGAUCUAGAUCUAGAUCUAGCUAGAUCAUCUAACUGGCGUAAGAAUUCAUGCAGUUAUUCAAGUUAUUGUCUGCUCAACUGUCACAUAUAUUCUACAAACAGACCAAAUCUGUGCUUCAUCGCUGUCUUCAUUUUUAUUCUGCCAAAAGAGUUAGUCAGACAAAGAUGCCUGCUAUAAGAAAAGAUUAUGAUGAUUCUGUUCAUGAAGAGCUGAUUAAAGUUGGACAAGUAAAAACUCAUGUUCUAAAAGUUGGGCAGUUAAGAGAACAGAGCGGCUCUCAGCGUGUACUCAUGUUGAUAAUACCAGGUAACCCGGGAGUACCACACUAUUAUGAAGACUUCAUGCAAGAACUAUAUACUCACUGUGAAGGUCAGGUACCAGUUUGGGCCAUCGGUCAUGCUGGUCACCUACAAACUCCUGGAGACAGCUUGUCCAUACAAAAUAUUUGCUCUACACCUGAAGACAUGUUUGGUCUAGAGGCCCAAAUCAAGCACAAAGUUGAUUUCAUUAGGGAAAACAUUCCAUCUGAUGUGUUGCUUGUUCUGAUUGGUCACUCCAUCGGCUGCUACAUGAUUCUGAAUAUGCUAGACCAACUGAACCGCAGCCAAGUUCUUCGAUGCUUUAUGCUCUUCCCAACAAUAGAACGCAUGGCCACAUCCCCCAAUGGUCUUCGAAUGACUCCUGUGUUCAGAUAUUUACGCUGGCUUGUUGUUUUCACAGCGUUUAUUCUGUCCUUCCUUCCAAAUGUAUUUAAACGCCAUCUGUAUAAAUGGUGGUACAGACAUGUUGACUAUCCGCCAUGCAUGGAGAAAGCUAUUCUGGAGACUAUCACCCCCUGGACAGUCAACUACACAACAUACCUGGCUAAACUGGAGAUGAACAAAGUGACUUCACUACAAAAAGAGCUUAUAAACAAACACAGUGAAAAAUUGAGUCUGUAUUAUGGUGCAGUGGAUCACUGGGCACCAGUUGAGUAUUAUUAUGAUCUUGUAUCAGAGUUCCCAAAAUUAGACGCACGCUUGUGCAACUUAAAUCUAAAACAUGCAUUUGUUCUUGAUACACAGGAAGGGAGAGAGAUGGCUAAAAUAGUUUGGCUGUGGGCUCAGUCGCACCAUCAUAUGGUUUUAUUUGAACACAAUUCAGAAGAGGAAGAAGCCUGGGUAUUUGAUAACUGAUUCCUUUUAUGCAUAAAAGUUAUUUGUCUGUUGACAAUGUUUUUGUAUUUUUUUUACUUUUUUAAGUACCCUAAAAAACAAAGUUAUUACCAUUUUAUAAAUGUAAGCCUAUUGCAGUUAAGUUAAAUGACAAUUCCAAUUAGAAUUGUAUGUAUCAUGAAUUGUUAUAAUGAGAUAUUUAAAGUAUGAGUAUUAUGUUUAUCUAUUACAUUAUAAUCAACCAUGUCUUUCAUUAAAUUUAAGUUGUGCUUAUGAAAAUUAUUUAAUAAAUUAAUCUAUAUAUGUAUGCUAAUUGUUUGUAAGUUUGCAUGAGAUUAGUAUUAGGAUUAGUUGAUUAAAACAUCAUCAUAGAACUAUUAGGUAAGGGUAAUUUACCAGAAUGUAAGUAUUUUUUACUGGUAUGAUCAAACAACUGGUGACUGGACUAGUCAUUACAUUCCCCUGACACAAAACAAAUAACUCUAACAAUGUUGUUCAAC